GUCGAGUACAGAAACCAGAAGAGCAACUGGAGUGAAGACGCGGCUGGAAAACCACCCACCGCCGGGUAAAGGUUUGCUUUGGCAAUGCCUUACCAGGUUCAGUGAUCGGAUCUGUGGCGCCAAAGUUCCUUUUCUUGCGGUUUCUAUGGUGACACCAAUAGCAACGGGACACUAGCGACAGGAGUGGUGUCAUGGCACAGAAGAAGCCAUCACCAUCCCACAGUGACAGCAGCAGCUCAUCCAGGCAUGGCAGCCGUCAGGACAGCUGGGAGAUUGUGGAGGGGGUUCGUGGGGAGCUGACAAAUGAGAAGGAACCUGAGAAACACAAAGGCUUCCUGUUGAAGAAACGGAAGUGGCCAAUGAAGGGAUGGCACAAGAGGUACUUCUUUCUGGAGAAGGGCAUCCUGAAAUAUGCAAAGAGUGCCACUGAUAUUUUGAAAGGGAAGCUGCAUGGCUGCAUUGACGUGGGGCUGUCUGUCAUGAGCAUUAAUGAGAAGUCCAUGUGUAUUGACCUGGAUACAGAGGAAAACAUCUAUCACCUGAAGGUCAAGUCCCAGGAGCUGUUUGAGGAGUGGGUGUCAAAAUUGAGACAUCAUCGGAUCUACCGUCAGAAUGAGAUUGCCAUGUACCCCCAUGAGAGGGCCUUCAUUUUCUCCCAGUGUGCCCCCAGUGCGUCUCCCAGUUUGCCCCAGGGUGCUCCAUGCAGAAAGUGUGGUACCCGGAUGAGGCAGUCAUCAGGUCACCCUGCUGCAGGCUUCCUGAUGACUUUCAGCCCCCAGGCCAAGCUGCAGCUCUCUGAGGACAUGGAGAAAUGUACCGGAGAGCUUUUAUCUUGUGAGUCCUAUCUGCUGGAUCUCCAGCACCUCUUGAGGAGCAUGGAGGUGCUGCAUCGCACAUGUUCUGCCCCAGCCAUCUCCCCAAUCCCAGUGCACCAGGCGUCAACCUUCAACAGCAGCCCGAAAAAGGAGAAGAGAUCUCACCGGAAGUGGCGCAGCAAGAAUUAUAGUAAAGAUGCCAAAAUGACCCUCCAGGUUCCAAGCCAUGUGCCAUCUGGGUCCGUCCGCCUCCAUGCCUCCAACCCAAACCUCUCCACGGUGGAACUCAACAGCCUUGAGUCCCCAGUUGAAAGUCCCAACUCCCCCACAGAUGUGUCAAGACUGCAGGAAGAUUUCUGCACAGUCGCAGAAAAGUUGCACACCACCAUGAAGUCAGCUUUCAGUUCGCUGUCUUCGCAGCGCGAUCGGCUGAAACAGGUGCUGGAGCUCGAGACGCACUCUUCCCCCGCUUCCCAAGUCCUGGGCCUUAAUAGUUCCCUCAUCUCGGUACGAUCUCAGGACUCCUACGAUGGGCCCCACCCCCUUGUCCACCAAACAUCCAACGGAAGCAGGACUUCUAUUCCCGACUCCCUGUCUGAGUUUGUUGAUGCACAGGAGGUUUUGCUGUCUUCCAGCUCUUCUGAAAAUGAGGUUUCAGAUGACGACUCUUAUGCCAGUGAUGUGAGUGAUUACUUGUCAACGCCUGCAGAGAUUCAUGAGGUGGAGAAGACAACACUCACUUUAGGUACACAUUCACUUUUCUCCUCCACUCUUCAUGCAGAAUCCCAAGGCUGUGUGGAGAAUGGGCCCCUCCCGAGGCGUUCCUGCCUGCCCUCACCAAGCUCCUCCAGUUCCAUCAGCCUGUGGAACAUAUUGAAGAAUAACAUUGGAAAGGACCUGUCCAAGGUGGCCAUGCCGGUGGUGUUGAAUGAGCCACUCAAUACCUUGCAACGGCUCUGCGAGGAGCUGGAGUACAGCGAGCUGCUGGAUAAAGCCGCUUCCACAGUCGACCCUUUUGAGCGAAUGGUGUACGUUGCCACAUUUGCAAUUUCUGGCUAUGCAUCCAGCUGCUACAGAGCAGGGGCUAAGCCUUUCAACCCCGUCCUGGGAGAGACUUACGAGUGCAUCAGGCCUGAAAAGGGCUUCCGCUUCAUUGCAGAACAGGUCAGCCAUCAUCCUCCUGUUUCGGCAUGCCAUUCAGAGUCCCAGAACUUCACCUUCUGGCAAGACAUCCGGUGGAAGAAUAAGUUCUGGGGGAAAUCGAUGGAAAUUGUUCCGAUGGGAAGCACGCACUUGGUUCUUCCAGGGUUUGGGGACCACUAUGAGUGGAACAAGGUCACAUCCUGCAUCCACAAUAUUUUGAAUGGCCAGAGAUGGAUUGAGCACUAUGGCGAGAUAUCCAUCAAGAACAGCAGUAGUGACAUCUGCCAGUGCAAGAUCACCUUCCUUAAGACAAAGCACUGGAACUCAGUCGUGAAUGAGGUGGAAGGUGUAAUCACAGACCAAACCGGGAGAGUCAUGCACAAACUGUUUGGGAAGUGGAAUGAGGCUAUCUACUGUGGGGAGCCACCAUCGGCCACCUGCAUCUGGAAGGCCAAUGCAAUGCCUGCAGACUAUGAGCAGUACUACGGUUUUACCAAGUUUGCUAUGGAGCUGAAUGAGCUGGAUCCUGAACUGAAACCUUUGCUGCCCCCUACUGAUACUCGCUUCCGAAUAGACCAGAGGUUACUGGAGGAGGGGAACGUGGAGGCAGCCGAGGAGCAGAAACGGAGAAUAGAACAGCUGCAAAGAGAGAGGCAACACGUCCUGGAGGAGAAAAACAUGACACUUCAACCCCGAUUUUUCAAGAAGUCAAGUGAUGACACAUGGGUGAGUAACAACACCUAUUGGGAGCUGAGAAGAGACCCAGGCUUUGCAAACCUGGACUGCCCUGUGCUCUGGUGACUCGGUUCCUCUAGACAUGGCUUCUUUUAGGUUUCCAGCUGUGUGUUCUGGUGGCAGCUGGUGAAGAAAUUGUCAUUUGACACACUCGGUCCUCCAUUGUUCUUCCACUAAAAGUCAGAAGAAUGUGCACAUGAUUUUAAAACCUUAGGAGAAGGUAGAGGAAUUUCAAAAACUGUUGCAGAUGAUAAUUGACAAAGCUUUUUUAGCGUAUGCGUGAGCAAUUUACAACUAGUGUGGUGUCCAACCAAAAAUUAAGUAUAUUUCAAGAGACUACUACUACUGUACUUCUACUGUUUAAAAUAAUGAAAAAUGACAAAGCUAUGUCAUUAAGAGCAUCAAGCUCAAACCGAAAUCACACCUAAAAGAAAAUUACAUUUAUUGAGUCAUACUGUGGGAUGAUUCUACACCUGGGUGGCUAGUUGUAUUGCCUGAUCUGUAUAGUUUUAACUUUUUUCAUUCUCUUAUCGUUUAUUUUUCGUUUCUUUCAUUAUGUAUCUUGUUUUCCUUUUUGACAUUUUUUUUAUCUAUACAAUUGUACUUUUAAUUGGUUAUGGACCAAAAGAAUGUAUCACUCCUCUAUCAUCCAGUAUUCAGUUUUAUUAACCAAAUUAGCCGUUUUUUUUUAAAUCAGGUGUUGUUGCUUGUUACUGUUGUUGCACAAAAUUAUGAGCGGACUCAAGAAAUCACGACUUGCCUCUUGCAAAAUAUGUUUAAGGAAGUGGAAAUGCAUAAUUUUCAGUCCAAAGACUGACUCAAGGCGAAGAAUAAUUAUAGAACACCAAUGUGGAUUCCAACGGACUCGGAGAAGCUGACCCGUAGCUCUAGAACUGCAAGCGGAAGGUAAAAAAGAACAGAUUCAAACACAAUUUCUUGCCUUAGACCCAGCGAAGACUAUAAAGUGCUUAACAUGUUUUUUUUUUUAUUUUUUUAUAAAUACAUUUUCAAUGUAGUGCAGAUAUGGAAAACUGUCAAUUCUAUGUAAGCAUUCCAUAACGUGUGUAUGUUGCAUAAAGAUAAAUAUGUAUUGUCAUAGUGUCCCAAAUGGUGUAAAGGACACAAGACCCAGUCACUGGACUGCAAGCACACUCUAGUCGUCGCUGGUGAUGCUAUACGCUGUGCAGUACUCUGUUAGCUACUGGCACUUUGAUAUAUUCUACCUCCUGACAGAAACGGCAUCCAUCAAGAUGUAGUUUCGGUAUAUUCAGCCUAGCCUUACUAAUUGCAAAAAUACUUCCAACUGUAACAUAAAAUUAGAGCAUAUUUUAAUAUCUAUGGAAGAUCCCUGCUCCUUUUUAGGUUAUUAAAAUGUCUGCAAAAUAAUGACUUGCUUGUGUCUCAAAACUUCUGUUUUUUUUUUUUUCUUUUUUUCAUAGAGCACUUUUCACAACUGAGUGGCACAGAGCACUGAACAGUGCUGUAAUGUUAAAGUUACUACAAAUACAAUAUUGCAGAAAUAAUAAAUCUACUUAACAGUAGAGUAAGCCAGAUGGGAACAAUAACUCUCAAUCACAGCCAAAGGGAGAAAUUGUUUUGUGGCUGCCCAUCCCUCCUUUCACUGGUACUUUUUGAUAUGAACUUAUGAAAUUUGAUGGUUUUUUUUUUUUUUUAAAUUAUUGUACCUGUUCUAGUAUGAGCCCAGGUCACCAAGAGGACUGUAGCUUUUUGCUGCUCUGUAUUGGAAAUUGCUGACUAAAAUACUGGGGAAUGUGUUUGUCUGUGUAUGUCCAUGCAAGAAGGUGGAAAUGGCUUUGUGCAGCAAGAAUAAAGGGUUGUAAUACUAUCUCCUCCAGAGGUG